CGGAGCCGUGAGCCUCCGAGUUCGGGAGCUGAGGGUCUCGGCGGGCGGGGGCACUCUUCUAGGGAGGCCGCCGGACUUGCGUCUGAGCAGCAAGCACUUGGGAGACGCGGUGCAACCGAACAGAGCCACCAUGGGGACGGCAGCCCCAGGGCCCAUUCACCUGCUGGAGCUGUGUGACCAGAAGCUCAUGGAGUUUGUCUGCAAUGUGGACAAUAAGGACUUGGUGUGGCUCGAGGAGAUCGAAGAGGAGGCCAAGCGCAUGUUCACCAGAGAAUUCAGCAAAGAGCCUGAGCUGAUGCCAAAAACACCGUCUCAGAAGAACCGACGGAAGAAGAAACGGAUUUCUUAUGUGCAGGAUGAAAACAGAGACCCCAUCCGGAAAAGGUUGUCCCGCAAAAAGACUCGGAGCAGCCAGCUGAGCUCCCGGCGCCUGCGCAGCAAGGACAAGGUGGAGCAGCUGGCCACGGUGGCAGGGGAGAACGGCCCUGUUCUGCGGCGGGUGACCCGUGCAGCAGCUGCAGCUGCAGCAGCCACUGUGGCUGCUGCUUCGUCCACCUCGGAGUCUUCCACCUCGGAGUCUCCCACAGUGCUGACCAGGAAGCCCAAGAAUAGUGUGGCCCCGUGCCAGCUGGUGCCCAAGGUGGAGAUAGGCGUCAGCGAGCGCCACUCUGCUGAGCGGUACCUCAGCCAGCUCAGUUCUGCUCAGGCUCAGUCCCUGGCUCAGUCCCCAACCCUGGCUCCAGCCAUAGCUCCGGCCUCCCAGAUCAUCUUGAUAUCGGAUGAGGAAUUAACACCCAAGAAAUCAGAAGCCGGGAGACUGGAGUCUGUCGUCGUGAGCUCCCUGAUGGCUACACCCCAGGACCCCAACGGCCAAGGGGUCCAAGCAGGCCGGUCUGCCUCCAAGCUCAGGAUUGCACGGACCUCCCCAGGCCCACAGGACUCACCUGGCUCUCCAGCCUCCCCCUGGCAGGAGCGGGUGCUGGCUCCCAUCCUGCCGGAUAACUUCUCCACACCCAAGGGCUCUCGUGUGGACCGGCAGUCAGUGCGGCGCAGCCUGAUCACCCCCUCCUCCCCGGGUCCCCAGAAUUCUCUGGCCCAGAAGUACUCCCCGAUGGCCAAACCAGAGAGCCCUGUCCGCAGAUCGAGCAGAAGAAUUGCCAAGAAGGCCAUCAAAGAGCCGGCUGCCUCUGCCCGCAUCAUCUGUCACAGUUACCUGGAGAGACUCCUGAAUGUUGAGGUGCCCCAGAAAGUCAGCCCCGAGAAGGACUCUAGCAAGGAGGCCAAGCCUGUGGAGGAGGCUGAGCCGGAGGUCCCCAAGAAUGAAGGGAGUACCUUGUGGCCCCUCAGUGCCACCAAGAUUGCCAUUAGCACGCCGGGCUUGCAGCCUGCGGCUGGUGGCCAGGAAACACCCUCUUCGGGGCAGCAAGCGGCCAAGAUCGAUCAAGCAGAUGGCCCCAAGGAGCCACCCCAGAGUGUCAGGAGGAAGCGCAGCUACAAGCAGGCUGUGAGUGAGCUGGAUGAGGAGCAGCAGCUGGAGGACGAGGAGCUGCAGCCCCCCAGGAGCAAGACCCCUUCCCCGCCCUGUCCAGCCAACAAGGUGGUACGGCCUCUCCGCACCUUCCUGCACACCGUGCAGAGAAACCAAAUGCUCAUGACCCCGACCUCGGCCUCCCGGAGCAGUGUCAUGAAAUCCUUCAUUAAGCGUAACACUCCCCUGCGCAUGGACCCUAAGUGCAGCUUCGUUGAGAAGGAGCGGCAGCGCCUGGAGAACCUGCGGCGGAAGGAGGAGGCUGAGCAGCUGCGUAGACAGAAGGUUGAGGAGGACAAGCGGCGGCGGCUGGAGGAGGUGAAGCUGAAGCGUGAGGAGCGCCUCCGCAAGGUGCUGCAGGCCCGGGAGCGGGUGGAGCAGAUGAAGGAGGAGAAGAAGAAGCAGAUUGAGCAGAAGUUUGCUCAGCUGGAUGAGAAGACUGAGAAGGCCAAGGAGGAGCGAUUGGCUGAGGAGAAGGCCAAGAAAAAGGCAGCAGCGAGGAAGAUGGAGGAGGUGGAAGUACGCAGGAAGCAGGAGGAGGAAGCACGGAGGCUCAGGUGGUUGCAACAGGAGGAGGAAGAACGGCGACACCAAGAGCUGCUGCAAAAGAAGAAGAAGGAGGAGGAGGAGCAGGAGCGGCUGCGGAAGGCGGCCGAGGCCAAGAGGCUGGCGGAGCAGCGGGAGCAGGAGCGGCAGCUGGCGGAGCAGCGGGAGCAGGAGCGGCGGAGGGAGCAGGAGCGGCUCCAGGCGGAGAGGGAGCUGCAGGAGAGAGAGAAGGCCCUGCGGCUCCAGAAGGAGAAGCUGCAGAGGGAACUGGAGGAGAAGAAGAAAAAGGAGGAGCAGCAGCGCCUCCAGGAGGAGCGGGAGAAGAACGCCAAGGAGGCUGCCGCGGCCAGCAAAGGCCUGAACAGGACCAUGGACGUGCAGUCUCCGGCUUGUACCUCGUAUCAAAUGACUCCACAAGGGCACAGGGCUCCCCCCAAGAUCAACCCGGAUAACUAUGGGAUGGAUCUGAAUAGUGAUGACUCCACUGAUGAUGAGGCCCAUCCCCGGAAGCCCAUCCCUGCCUGGGCCAGAGGCACCCAGCUCAGCCAGGCCAUCAUCCACCAGUACUACCACCCCCCGAACCUGCUCGAGCUCUUUGGAACCAUUCUCCAGCUGGACUUGGAGGACAUCUUCAAGAAGAGCAAGCCUCGCUACCACAAGCGCACCAGCUCCGCCGUCUGGAACUCGCCGCCCCUGCAGGGCACCAGGGUCCCCAGCAGCCUGACCAGCAGCCUGAAGAAGUACUGAGGCUGCCCACCGGCCCUCCUGGCUAUGUCAGCCCAUCUGUGUGUCUGUCCAUCUCUCUGUUGCUCUGGUGCCCUCCUGCCUUGUAUUCGGUCACUGAGGGUUUGGUCACAUGGACAUAAACAUAAACGUUCUCUGUGUGCUGAAGAUGGCAAGUGGCCCCGUCCUGCUUGGAGGCUGCGCUUGGGGGAUGUUUGGGGAAGUACCUGGCCCAGCCUUGCCUGGCCCGCAGGUAGCACUCUGUAAAUACGUUGCUAUAAUUUUAGCCUCUAGUGUUUGAGAG